AUGAUCAUCCACACGUUGCAACAGGAAGUGGCGGAAAUCCAAGAUGCCGAACAGUUAAUGCAUCAUCAACGACAAAAGCGCGGAGUACUGAACAUCGUUGGAAAUAUUGCGAAUGGUCUUUGCGGAGUUCUCGAUGAUCAAUAUGCCAAACGGAUGGAGGAGAUUAUUAACAAACUAAGAGCCCAAGAAAACAUCACUCAUAAAAUAGUGGAGAACCAAUCGUCAAGCCUGGAUACCACUAUCAACAUCAUGAGGAGGCCAACAAGCGAAACUCAGACGAGGAUGCUGGACUUAGAAGCCAGUUUGGCCAGAAUCAAGGUGGGAAACUAUGCGUCUGAUCGGUAUCUUCCACAUGCAGUUUCAGAGUUGGUCGUCGUAGCAAGCCACAUUCGUCGAAUCCAGGAUGCCGUAUUACGACUACCCAUCACCAGUGAGACAGCACGAGACUUAUAUCGAUUGGCGACCACUCGGGUACAAGAAACCGAGGACGUAUUGAUGUUCCAUACAAGAAUUCCAUUAGUCGAAGAAGACGAAUUCACUGUGUAUUGGAUGGAGCCAAUUCCACAAAUAACGAGAGAAGGCCUGGUGAUAACCAAGAUGGAAACAAGAUAUCAGGCAAUAGAUGAGCAUCGGAAACACCACUUCGCGAUCAAUCAAGAACACCUUCAGCAGUGUAUCAGCGGGAUGAACGGAAAUAAGGUAUGCGAAUUUAAGCAGACGCUCUUUGGCCCGGACGCCCAUCCACUUCCGUGUACAAUGGCAGCACUAUCAAGACAUCGGGUAAAGGAAUGUAAGCCAGAGCCAAUCAAGGCCAGUUAUUGGGUUCAAUUGACAGAACAGAAUGCAUGGAUCUUUGGAACCACGCAGAAAAUAACAAUGACAUGUGUUAUGUAUGCUCGGCCGAAAAGGACCAAAUUAUCAUCGAAGGCGUAG